AUGUUUUGGAAGUUGAUGCUAAAUGGUGCCUCAUUUCCAGUACCAAAAAGUCAUUGUUAUCACUUCCAAUUGAGGUGUUUGUCGAGGUAUUCGUCGAAAGUUGCUCUCUCAAAGAAAAAUUUACUCAAGACAAGGCAAAAAAUACGACAAGAGUCGAACAAAGAGGAAGCUGAAACUGAUGGAAAGUCCAAAAGGGGACUUAUUUUCGAGUCUGGCAAGUUUUCUCAACUACACAAUGACUUGAAAACACCCAUUGAUUCAGCUGAAUCGAAAAUUGACAAUUUUGAUCAAUUGAAGGUUUUCCCAUCGGUACGGGAGGCAAUGAUCAAGGAAAUUAGGUCUCAGUACAAUCUUAAAGGACCUCAACAUGCAUCACUUGAUGAGAUCAAGAUUAAACCCACGCCAGUUCAAAUUUCUGCAAUCCGUAAAAUCAACCAAACGAGAAGAGUUGAUAAGAAGUUGGAAGAAAUGGAUGCAGGAGAACGAAUCUUUUACGAAUUGAAACAUGAGAAUGAGUUGAAAAAGACUAAAGUUUUCACAGUUGCUGCUGAGACGGGGUCAGGCAAGACCUGGAGUUAUCUUGCUCCAUUAUUAUCGAAGUUGAAAGAGGAUGACUUUAAUUGGUUCAAAGACAACACCAGAAAGUAUGAGCUAUUCAAGAAUUCAGAGCAAGUAAGGUCGAUCAUCUUGGUACCUACUCAUGAGUUGGUUGAGCAAGUGUACCAAGUGCUUAAUAGAGCCAACAAAUUCCCGUUGGAGCAUGAAAAUGUCGCGCGUCAGUACCAAGAUUUCCUUGAACUACCAGAAAAUGCCACACUUGGAUUGUCUGUGAUGAAGUUGUCCCACGGGGAUCCACCAAUUUCAUUAUACAAGCAGUUGCGCAACCAUGGUAAGGUUGAUGUCUUGGUUACAACGCCAGCUAAAAUCACGGGGUUUUCCAAAUUGGAAGCUAUUGAUCGUCCAUUCAAAAUUUUCAAAAGUGUGAGAUAUUGUGUUUUAGAUGAAGCGGAUACGUUGUUUGAUCCCUCGUUUUUGAAAGAUACCACUGCUGUGGUUAAAAAUUUCCCCAAUUUACUCGACUUGAUUUUGGUUUCAGCUACAAUCCCCAAAGAGUUUGAAAAGACAUUGUCGAGGUAUUUUCCUGAUGAGAAGUCAAUGAUUCGAGUAUCUACGUCGUCAUUGCAUAAAGUACCUCGUAAUAUUAAAGUUAUGACUUUGGAUGCCGAUUUGCCUCCGUAUAAUGGAUCAAAGCCAAGGUGUUUAGCCCAAGCCAUUUAUGCUAUAUCAAGAGAUGGAACUGAACCCGAUCAUGUGAAACGUAUUAUUGUUUUUGUGAAUGAGAAGUCGGAAGUCGAUGGAUUGGUGGAUUUGAUGAUUUCCAAAUACGGAAUUCGUGAACAAGACAUACAUGGUGUAUCAGGCAAGGUUAAAGUUCAAGAUCGUCGGGAUUUUCUCGAACCGUUUUUGAUGCCGGCACAAGUGAUCAAGCAGGAUUUGGAUGGGAGCAAAGUUAAGAUUUUGGUGACUACUGAUUUGUUGGCUAGAGGAUUGAAUUUUAUUGGGAUCAAGAAUGUGAUAUUGAUGGGCUUACCUAGAAGCUCAGUUGAUCUUGUACAUAGAUUGGGAAGAACGGGAAGAAUGAAUCAACUGGGCCGUGUUUUCAUCAUUGCAGAUAAAAAGUCCAAGAAGUCAUGGGUGAAGGGAUUGGGUAAUGCCAUAAUCAGAGGAAUCAAAAUAGGUUGA